ACUUCGUAGAGCGAGGAAAAGGAGAAGAGAAGCGAGCGUAUUUUCCCCCCAAAACUGGAGCUCCGUCGCCAUCGCAUUCAAGCGAGAGCUCGUCAACGAGUCUCCGACUCCGAGUGCGUCGAGCAAAACCCUAGAGCGCCGUCAUGCCUUCGUUUCCCAGCCCGGGCUCAGUCACCGUCUGCGAAAUCAAUCGCGAGCUCAUUACCGCCGAUAGUCUGUCGGAGGCUCAUGCUAAAGAAACCUACGGGAAGCUGCUUAGAAUGGUGUUCAAUCCGGUCUCCUUUCAGCCUGAUCGGCUGGGCCAGUCGGGACCGGAGCUCGAUGCCGAGCAGCAGGUGGAGGAGGAGGGUUUGGGGAAUGGAGCGGCUGUUCAGACGAAGAACGUGGUGGAGACGGUGCAGGGGAUCUUCAGUGAUUAUAUCAAGCGGGUUUUUAAUCCCUGCGACGUUGAUUUACUAGCUGAAGUUGAUCUGAAAGGAGUAAGCUGGCACCAGCAUAAGAAUAUUAUAGCACUUAUCUCUGCUCCGAAUCAGGUUCUAGUGCGUGACUAUGAUGAUGCAGAGUGCAGGGAACCUUGUAUCUUGACUCAUGAGUCCCAAAAGGACAUUAAGGCUCUUGAGUGGAGACCCAAUGGUGGAAGGAUGCUUUCUGUGUCUUGCAAGGGUGGAAUUUGCAUUUGGGCUGCUUCUUUCCCUGGCAAUGCGGCAUCUAUCAGAUCCGGUGCUCCUUCUUUUGUUGGGACCCUGCCAAGAGGCACUGGUGUCCGAUGGACUUUGGUUGAUUUUCUUGGCAGUGAUGCUGAUGAGCAAAUAACUGCACUCUCAUGGAGCCCUGAUGGAAGAUACUUGGCAUCAGCCUCUUGUGAAAGCUCCUCGUUCACUGUAUGGGAUGUGGCACAAGGUGUUGGGACACCUAUUCGACGUGGAUUAGGGGGCAUAUCCAUGCUAAAGUGGUCUCCUACUGGAGAUUACUUCUUUUCUGCAAAAUUUGAUGGAACAUUUUAUCUAUGGGAGACAAACACAUGGACCUCUGAACGUUGGUCAUCAACUAGUGGUUUUGUCACGGGGGCAACAUGGGAUCCUGAUGGGCAUAUGAUACUGAUUGCUUUCUCCAAGUCUCCAAUGUUGGCUUCUGUUCACUUUGCAUCAAAGCCUCCAUCUUUGGAUGCGCUCUUGUUGCCAGUUGAAUUACCAGAUUUGUCAUCCCUGCCUGGCAGUCAGGGAAUUGAGAAGAUAGCUUGGAAUGCUUCCGGCGAACGACUGGCGGUAUCAUUCAAAGGUGGGGAUGAAAUAUACAGGGGUCUGAUUGCCAUUUAUGAUGCUAGAAGAGCACCGGUGGUUUCUGCCUCACUAGUCGGCUUUAUCAGAGGGCCUGGUGAUAAUCCUAAGCCAAUGACAUUUUCAUUUCAUGAUAAAUUCAAGCAGGGACCUUUGCUUUCUGUGUGUUGGAGCAGUGGAUUUUGCUGUACCUACCCUCUCCUGUUUCGUUCUCAUCCUCUUCCUUAAGUAAGUAAGCGUUGUAGCUGGCGAAGCCACCCUUGAGUUUUUGAUUCUGGAGAACUUUUUGCGCAGAGCUUCUCCCCUCUCCUUGCCUUUGAGCUCUCUCAUUCAAGCUUUGAGACUUUGGCCAUUGACACACUGAUCCGACAGAUGUCAUGUAGGAUGCCGCAAAAAAUUCAAGUAAAGCUCCGCGUGGAAAUCGACUUCAAACUGGAGGGCAGUGUCAGUGAAAAUUUCAUCUGUUUAUAUGUCUUCCGAAAUGACAAUGCACCUGGAGAUUGUUGUGAUCCUCAUUUCUUGGUGAAUGGGGGCUAUUCUCAGCCUUUAUCUAUGGUUUCCAUGUGUGUCGAAAGGGAACGAUGUAGAGGGAAAAAAAGAAUUUUUACGAAAGGACUAUGAGAAUACCAAUUUUGUC